UUUCCUUACUUCAAGUAUUCUCCCUCGUCCAGCUGUAUAGUCGCAAAAGACAGCCUCAGGACAACCGUCCGAUCAGCCAACCCAACGGCGGAUCACUUGUUCGACAACGUCACCUCUCCGCGUUUGCAACCAUCUCAAACAAACAAACAAACCCCCAUUUUCACAUUCGUUCGAAAUCAAAACUUCAAACUCACGAUCGCUGGCUGGAUCGUCGUAAAACCCACCGAAUCAGCAACAAUUCUCUCUCUACAAUCAGCACAAAACGAAAUCCUUCUUCCUAGGGUUUCUUUCGGUUAUAUUAUCAUCGUCGAUAUCGUUUCUCCUGAUUCGAAAUCUCGAUCGCCUCAACUUCGUCUUCUCCAAUGGCGUCCAGUUCUCACAGGGGCAGUGACUACUACGGCGCCGCUCCUUACAGAUCCAGAGAAGGGCUUAGCACGAGACAAGUUGCUAGCUCUGAUGAAAUUCAAUUGCGGAUCGAUCCAAUGCAUGGGGAUUUGGAUGAUGAGAUUAGUGGUCUCCGUAAACAAGUUCGACAACUAAGAAACGUAGCUCAAGACAUACAAUCAGAAGCAAAGUUCCAGAAUGACUUUCUCAAUCAGUUGCAAAUGACACUGAUAAAAGCUCAAGCGGGGGUCAAGAACAACAUGAGGCGGUUGAACAAGAGUAUCAUCCAGCACGGGGGAAACCAUGUUAUCCAUGUGGUUCUUUUCGCACUUCUCUGCUUUACCGUGGUCUACUUCUGGUCCAAACUUUCAAGAAGAUAGGUUUAAAAUCCAACUGCAGCUCUGUCAUGCCAAGGCCAACAGGAUAUACUGGACUUCUUAGGAAGAUGUAAUUUCGAUUUCUUUAUAGAGCUGUUGCCAUUUGUAUCUCUUGAAAUUGUGAAACAUGAAUUCUUGUUAUCCGGAAAAAGUGUUGUAGUGUGGUAAAUAUGACUUGUCUGGUUGGAACUAUGAUUUUUGGUGAUGGAAUUGUUGUUUCAUCGGUA